AAAACAAAAACAACAGCAACAGAAACCAACUAGUGCCGUUACCCCCCUCCCCCCCAUCCCCCCUCCUCCCGAAAAUAAAUAAAAACAAAAAAAAAAUAAUCCCAAAACUCAGCCAUGUUCACCGACGUAGCCAUGAGCGACUUCGUGGGUCUGGGCGGGUACGCAGGCGGCGGCGAGAGGGCGUGGGCGGAGGCGAUGGGCGGCGGCGGCGGUGGCGGAGAGCCUCCCGGGGACCUGAUUCGCACGGGCGCCCCCAACGUGGUCUGCUCCGUGCUGCCGCCCCACUGGAGGUCCAACAAGACGCUGCCGUCGGCCUUCAGAGUAGUGGCACUGGGAGCCGUGCAGGAUGGCACUGUGGUCACGAUCCGGGCGGGCAACGACGAGAACUGCUGCGCCGAAAUCCGGAACAACUCGGCCAUCAUGAAGAACCAGGUCGCCAAGUUCAAUGACCUGCGCUUCGUCGGGAGGUCAGGCAGAGGCAAGAGUUUCCUGCUGACCAUCACCAUCAGCACGUCGCCGCCUCAGGUCGCCACGUACACCAAGGCAAUAAAGGUCACGGUCGACGGUCCUCGGGAACCUCGCUCCAAAUCACGCAGCAGCGGCUUCCCGUGGCUCGGGCGCCCCUUCCUCCACCCCCUCGAACACCUGCGUCCGGAUCCGUUGACGGCGUCUUUAGCUCUGAAAUAUAAUGGCCUCGUCGACACAGGAUGGGCGGGCUACCCACCCACGGGCUACCCACCUUCGUACCUCGGCUCCUCCUUGCCCGCAUGCCCGUCUGGACACGCCCACACCGCCCACCACGCCCACAUGCCCUCGUUGCAGUCAGCUACUCAGAGAGAAGUGAUGGAGACCGCGGCGGCGACUGCGAGUCAUCACGGCUUGCUCUCCGAGGCCCUGGGCGGCGACGCGAACCUGGCGCUGGCGAAGGACCUCCUGCCGGCGACGCCGUCCGUUCUCCCGCCGUCCGUGUCCGUCGCCACGUCCUUGAGUAUGCUCGGGGGCGGAGUCAGCGUGCUGGGGGGCGGGGCUUCGACGAUAGGGGGCGGGGCCAACAUGCUAGGGGCCGGCGUCAACGUGCUCGGGGGCGGAGCCAGCGUGCUGGGCGGGGGAGGGGGCGGAGGGGGAGGGGGCAGCGGGAUGUACCUGAAUCCGCCCGUGCUGCCGGCGUCCCUCCUCUACACCUCCCUGUGCUCCGCCCUCCCGCACACGCCCACUUCGCAGGCGCCGCCCCUCUCUACGCCCUCCCGCGAGGACCUGCUCCGCCCCUCGAGCUCGGCGACAGGCCUCCCCCUCCCUGGCCUCGGGGGCCUCAGCUCCCUGCCCGGCCACCCCCCGCGUCCCCCCGACCCCGUGUGGCGCCCCUACUGA